CUAAACCCUGUACAGUAUAAAGAAGUUACAGGGGGGCGUUUUCGGCUUCCAAUUAGGAAUUACACUAGCAACUACCCAGGAGGAGGAUUCUAAAACUACCUCACCCGUCCCAAGCCUGCACCCCCCUUCUUCUCCCACGCACCCCUCCCCCAAUUCAUGACCGAGAGAGAAAAGGGAGCCAGGGCGCUCUCUGCUCCUCUCUGCCGGUGGGAAGCGGAGAGGCCCGCGGAGUUGCUUAGUCGGACCUUAGACAUGAGUCCAAUUACGAGGCGGGCGCCUCCGCACCCGUUGCCGCCAGCGGGGACUGAAGUGGCCUGAGAGAGUGGUCCGGCUUUCCAGUUCUCUGCACAGGGACCUGGGGCCGUCUCAAAUGCCGCGGAAGUGAAGAGCGAACGUCGGGGAUUAUGUCGAUUUUCCGAGGACCGGGGUUCGCAGCGCGGAACAGAAGAAAAGGCUGGCUCCUCGGGGGUCCCGCCGGCAUUUGAUAUCUAGAGACUGCCAGGAUUGCCCAGAUUGCCCUGGAUUAGCAACUUUCCUAUAUAUGCACCCGUAUUUUUAAAGAAAAUAGUUUCUGUUCGCCUCGUGGGUCUUUUACCACCACUAAUACACCGAAGCAAAGACUUUAGUCUUUUCAUGGAAAGUAUGCUUUAUAUUUUUGCGAAAUAUGAUCUGUAAGUGAAAGUUUAUUUUGGUUUUGAAUGAAUCUGUGGAGUUUGUGUUGUAAGAAGAAAGGGGGAACGAGACACAAUGAAAGAGAAGUCCAAAAAUGCUGCCCGGACUAGGAGGGAGAAGGAAAACAGUGAAUUUUAUGAACUGGCUAAAUUACUGCCUUUGCCCUCGGCUAUCACUUCGCAGCUGGACAAAGCAUCCAUAAUCAGACUCACGACCAGCUAUCUCAAAAUGAGAGUAGUGUUCCCAGAAGGGCUCGGAGAGGCGUGGGGCCACUCGAGUCGGACCAGCCCCCUGGACAAUGUAGGCCGAGAGCUGGGCUCACAUCUGCUUCAGACCCUGGAUGGUUUCAUCUUUGUGGUAGCCCCAGAUGGGAAGAUCAUGUACAUCUCGGAGACAGCCUCAGUCCAUCUGGGUCUUUCUCAGGUAGAACUGACCGGGAAUAGCAUUUACGAAUACAUCCACCCGGCCGACCACGACGAGAUGACAGCGGUGCUCACGGCUCAUCAGCCCUACCACUCUCACUUUGUCCAGGAGUACGAGAUCGAGCGCUCCUUCUUCCUGAGGAUGAAGUGCGUCUUGGCCAAGAGGAACGCGGGCCUCACCUGCGGCGGCUACAAGGUCAUUCAUUGCAGCGGCUACCUGAAGAUCCGCCAGUACAGCCUGGACAUGUCCCCCUUCGACGGCUGCUACCAAAACGUGGGCCUGGUGGCCGUGGGCCACUCGCUGCCGCCCAGCGCCGUCACGGAGAUCAAGCUUCACAGCAACAUGUUCAUGUUCCGUGCCAGCCUGGAUAUGAAGCUCAUCUUCCUGGACUCCAGAGUGGCGGAGCUGACGGGCUAUGAACCUCAGGACUUGAUAGAGAAGACCCUGUACCACCACGUGCACGGUUGCGACACCUUCCACCUGCGCUGCGCCCACCACCUGCUGCUGGUGAAGGGACAGGUGACCACCAAGUACUACAGGUUCCUGGCGAAACACGGCGGCUGGGUAUGGGUGCAGAGCUAUGCGACCAUCGUGCACAACAGCCGCUCGUCCAGGCCCCACUGUAUCGUCAGCGUCAACUAUGUUCUUACGGACACAGAGUACAAAGGGCUACAACUCUCCCUGGAUCAGAUCUCAGCCUCCAAACCAACCUUCUCCUAUGCCAGCGGCUCCACUCCUACCAUGUCUGACAGCAGGAAGGGGGCCAAGUCCAGACUCUCCAGUUCAAAGUCAAAAUCCAGGACUUCCCCAUACCCUCAGUACUCUGGAUUUCACACAGAAAGAUCGGAAUCUGAUCACGACAGCCAGUGGGGCGGAAGUCCCCUGACAGACACAGCCUCUCCGCAGCUGCUGGACCCCGCGGACAGGCCAGGCUCUCAGCACGAUGCGUCCUGUGCCUACAGACAAUUCUCUGACCGCAGCGCCCUCUGCUACGGCUUUGCGCUCGACCCCUCCAGGCUGGUGGAGGAGAGGCAUUUCCACACCCAGGCCUGUGAGGGAGGCCGCUGUGAGGCCGGCAGGUACUUCCUGGGGACGCAGCAGGCGGGGAGGGAGCCCUGGUGGGGCUCUCGCGCAGCCCUGCCCCUGACCAAGGCCUCCCCAGAAAGCCGAGAAGCCUAUGAAAACAGCAUGCCUCACAUCGCUUCAGUCCACAGGAUCCACGGGCGAGGUCACUGGGAUGAAGACAGUGUGGUCAGUUCUCCAGACCCCGGAUCGGCCAGCGAAUCAGGGGAACGGUAUCGCACUGAGCCGUAUCAAAGUAGCCCACAUGAACCUAGCAAAAUUGAAACUCUGAUAAGAGCUACCCAGCAAAUGAUUAAAGAAGAAGAGAACAGAUUGCAGCUAAGGAAAGCCCCCCCAGACCAAGUGGCUUCCAUUAACGGAGCUGCAAAAAAACACUCCCUCUGUUUUGCAAACUACCAACAGGCCCCACCGACAGGCGAAGUCUGCCAUGGUUCCACCCUUGCCAACACUUCGCCAUGUGACCAUAUCCAGCAGAGAGAGGGAAAGAUGCUGAGCCCCCAUGAAAAUGACUAUGACAACAGUCCCACUGCACUGUCUCGGAUAAGCAGUCCCAAUUCGGAUCGCAUUUCAAAAUCCAGUUUGAUCUUAGCUAAGGACUAUCUCCAUUCGGAUAUGUCUCCUCAUCAGACAGCAGGAGACCACCCUGCCGUGUCCCCAAACUGCUUUGGCUCUCACCGGCAAUAUUUUGAUAAGCAUGCUUACACAUUGACUGGAUAUGCCUUGGAGCACUUAUAUGAUGGCGAAACCAUUAGAAACUAUUCCUUGGGCUGUAACGGCUCCCACUUUGAGGUAACGUCCCAUCUAAGGAUGCAGCCAGACCCAGCACAAGGACACAAGGGAACAUCUGUUAUAAUAACCAAUGGAAGCUGAUGUUUUUCUAAAAUAUUUUGUUCUUUAAAGAUCUCU